AUGUCAGAUGAGGAUUAUAGGAACCACCUGGCAAACGGACUUUGCCUGUACUGCCACGAAAAGGGGCACCUGGCAAGACAAUGUCCAAAGAAGAGCACGGUCAAGGGAAAGACUGGCUCUGACAAACCUCCCGGAAUGGCAAUCUUCAAUCUGGAAAUGGGUUACGACGAUGACCAGCCGGUGGAGGAAAUGGACUCUUUACCAUUGGCGUCAAUUUCCUAUUGUAACUACGAUACGUCGGACGAGUCAAUGUAUGAAUUGUCCAACAAGGACACCAAGGAAAGGCACGAGUUCUUCCACUCGCGUAACGGCUGGAUCGGUCGCCUGAUGCCUUUUGAACCUGAGUGGAUGGAGUUCGACGAGAGCAGACCACCCCGAAAACAAUUAGGUGACGCACUGAUUGAAAAGGCCGAGUGGAUCUUGGAUUCUUCGCAACCCUACCCGGGGGAUGAGCUCAACAUCACCUCUAGGACUGGGGUUGCCUACCGGUUCAAGGUCUGCAAGGUAGAUGACAAGACUUAUCAAAUCCGAGACUCGUAUUCCGGCGUUUGCGUGGAUGUACCUGCAUAUCGUCUUCGCCACCCUCAGUUCCGCAUGGCUCGUUGGUUCGCUCACCACCUUGCCAACGAAUUGGACAUCGAAUUCUUGGGAUCCUACCCAACGCAAAUGGGCAACGCCCUCGAGGAACUGGUCGAAUGUCUCAUUCGAGACGGCGGACCCACGAUGUAG